AUGAACGGCGUCAACGAUACCGGCGCCGAAGUCUGGCGCAGCGAUGCCUCCACCGACGUUGCGUCCCUCCUCGCAGACGAACCCGGCAUCAACGCCAAACCCUCCCUGCUCGACGAUCACAGCAUGCGCUACGCACCCGAGUCUUUCCCCGAGAGUUCCCGGCUCGAAGCUCCCACGUCCAACCGUCACGAGCAACUUGAUACCGAUGCCAGCGAUGACCACAACUCCGAGACCACGAGCAGCACAAGCGGCACCAUCUCCGAGCUGGAACAACUUCUUGUCCAAGAGGGUCAAGGGAGUGCCAGUGGAGGACGAGCUCCGAGACCGUCAUCCUCCAAUUCGCAUGCCACGACGCAGUCCGCUUUCGACAGUUCCACGAGCUCUCUCUCCUUCGAACAAAACACCGUCAGCCCUCAACUUUCAGAUGGUGGUCUACACGUCAGGUUCAUGAAUGCGUUCCGCGGCUGGUAG